AUGCCCCAAACAAGAGACCACGUCUCGGUCCACAUCGGCACCCUACUCCUCCAGCAGCGUUCCUCCCCGACCAGCUCCACCAUCUUCCGAGUCGACCACGAUUUGCGCCACGGCAGCGAAAACCUCUACGACCCGAAAGUCGUCUCGAUCGGCCCGUUUCACCACCAGAAAACCCGUCUCCAGAAUAUGCAGCAGCACAAGCUCACCUACCUCAAUCACCUGCUCACACGCCGCGAGGAGUCCACCGUCGACAGAUACGUGGAGGCCGUGAGGUCCAUGGAGGAAGAAGCCCGAAACUCCUACUCCGAGCCUAUCGAGCCCAACCGGGACAAGCUCGUGGAGAUUCUUGUGCUCGACGGGCUUUUCGUGGUCGAGCUGGUCCGGAAGUACAAACUCGACUACCUGAGGAUGCCGGACGACCCGAUUAUUCAAUACGAGCAGGUCCUUGGCAGGGUCCGGCGCGACCUGAUGCUCGUCGAGAAUCAGGUCCCGUUUUUCGUGCUAGACCAGCUUUUCAACAUGACAAAGGGCGGGAACCCAGACGACGACAUUUUUCACCUCGUCCAUUAUUUUUUCGACGACAUUUCGCCGUGGCCGGAUUUCACAAGAAAACCGGUGGCAAAUAACGCCAUCGAUCACCUCCUUGGCCUCGUCUACAAAAUCUGGUUCUCAGACUGCUUCUCUUUGUUCGAGACAAUGGAAGCCGGAAGUCCCGUUGACGAAAAAAUUAUGGCCAUAAAUUCGGCCUCCGAGCUGCAGGAAAUAGGGGUCAAGUUCAAAAGGAGCAAGCGCCUCAACAUCACAUUCGAUGGGGGCGUCCUCAAAAUUCCAAACAUUAGCUUGUGCAAUGAAACCGAGUCGAUUUUUAGGAAUUUGAUCGCGUACGAGCAGUUUUUCGCAGACGGCCGUCCAAAGUACGUGACGGUCUAUGCCUUCUUCUUGCACUGGCUCGUGAACCAGCCGAAGGAUGUGGAGAUUUUGAGGCGACGCAGUAUUUUGACCAACUUGUUGGGCGGAGACGAGAUGGUAUACCGUGUUUUCGAGCGUCUCGGGAGAAAUGUCAUGGUGUCGUCGUGCGAUUUUCUCUACGCUGGUGUUUUCGAGGCACUGAACAAAUAUUGCGGCCGGCGUACAAAUAGGUGGAUGGCGGUUUUGAGGCGGGAUUAUUUCAGUAGCCCGUGGUCGUUUAUCAAGUUUUUUGCAGCUUGUUUGCUGCUGCUGUUCACGUUGAUACAGACUAUGUUUACUGUGAAGUCCAGUAUUUGA